AGACAGGCAAUUCUGUCGAAAUGUUUAGCUUCAACUUUCGAAUUCGAAACAGAAAGUACGAGUAUGUUAUGGUGGCGAUGCCGAGUGUUCCACGUGUCGGCUAGCUUGGAUAGCGUGUCAGCUUCAAAAGCUAUGCCGGCUAUGCUUCCGCACAGAGUACAGCAUCACUUCAGCAGUAUGUGGCGGAGAUAAGCGAAGAUCGCUCAAGUACUGUUGACGGUGUCGUGGUUUAGCCCAUUCACAACAAACCCCGGUUGCGCGCGCAAAUCCGCGAGCGCUUGUUCGGACAAUCGACGAAAUCCCCGACUCACCAGUCGUGAAAAUUAAUUUCCGAUUAUCUCUUGAAGUAACCCUGGUAACCCAACUGAUUCUUUGCCGAUCCCUCAUUGUGGGUAUGAGCUACAUAUUCGUUGGCUAAGGAGAAGGAGAGCUUACGAAAGCCAAGUAAAAGAAGACCAGAGACGCUGUCCCUGAGCGUUAGCUGUUCGUUCUUUUGUCGAUUGGUGUAGAAUUUUGACGUAUUGACCAUUUGACUAGGACCGUGGCCUUCUUGACUACCUGAAAACGUGGUGAAACAUUCGCAAUGGCUGACCGGGAGAUCGUCCCGCUGAAGACGCUGGGUGAACUCCUCGAUUUCAAGGAACCGUUACUGUGCUCUGUGGAACCGCUCAGGAACGUAAAGCGUGGCGGACCGAAUGAUCCGAAAAUUCUCUUCUGCCACGACAUGAUGGGCGGCUACCUUGAAGACAGGUUUAUCCAUGGCUGCGAAAAGCAUGACAGCUACCGGUUCCACCAUUGGCAGCUGAUAGAUAGCUUUGUCUACUUCUCCCACUACAUGGUCACGAUCCCGCCUCCCGGCUGGAUCUCUGCUGGACACAAACAUGGCGUCAAAGUUUUAGGUACCUUUAUCGUGGAGGCAGAGCCUGGCACCAAGAUCCUCAACGAAAUCAGGGAAGGCAACCUCAGUUCCAAAGUUGCAUCUCAGCUUGCCCUCAUUGCUGCUGCUUACAAGUUUGAUGGGUGGCUCAUCAACAUUGAGAGUGAAAUGGAUAAGAGCUGUGGCCCGUUCCUCAAAGAGUUUCUAAAGGCUGUCACCUUGGAAACCCACCGUGCCGUGCCUGGUUCGUUGGUCAUCUGGUACGACAGUGUCCUACCGAACGGGAAGCUAGACUGGCAGAAUGAGUUAAACAGCAAAAACUCGUGCUUCUUCGACCUCUGUGAUGGCAUCUUCCUCAACUAUGCCUGGACCGAGAAGAUGCUCCAGAAGUCUGCGAUCCUCGCAGGGAGCCGCAAGACCGAUGUCUACGUUGGCAUUGACGUGUUUGCAUGGAAGACAAAGUAUGCUGGUGGCUAUGAAACAUUCAAGGCCGUCGAAGUGGCUCGCAAACACGGUCUGUCAUCAGCCAUAUUUGCUGCCGGCUGGGUCUACGAGACUCAAGACAAGAAGAAAUUUGCAGAAAACCAAUGCCGUUUUUGGGACUUCCCCGAGCAUUGUCGUGCCAAGUGGCGCUUGAGCACGCUGCCUCUCCGCACCAGUUUCUGCCAGGGAUUUGGUGAGAACCUCUACAAUGAUGGCAAGGUGGUGCAGCACGGGUCGUGGUUCAACCUGUCCAAGCAGCAGCUCCAGCCCUGCGACCAAGGCAGCUCGCUGUGUGAGGGCUGUGGAACUGCUGCCGUAUGCACAGAUUAUGCAUACAAUGGCGGCAGCUGCCUCCUCUUGCGCUUUGUCCCCGACGCUGAAAAGCCAGAGGCCAGUCCUUACUUCAGGUUGUUUCCCUGCAACCUGCCAUUGGGGUCCUUGUGUGUCAGCUACACCUUCGCUGCAAGCCCAGACUGCUCCAACCGCCUUGACGUCACGCUCGUUUUCAAGGUUCAGACGGCAUCGGGCAAGAAGGAAGAGCUCUUUUUGGGCGCCGCGGUCUCAAACCCCAGCGAGGAACGCUAUGAGGCAACACGUGACGUUUCUGACGGGCCUGCCAAGAGUUCUGUCGGCAGUGGCUGCCAUUGGCAGACAAGGAAGUACCUCGUCAAGGAUUUGGCGAAGGACCGUGGUGCCACUCUCGAAGAGAUCGGCGUCUUUUUGUUGUCCUUUGAUUCGACAGUUGCCGGUAGUUGCCUGCUGGGAGAACUUGUCUUGAAACGACCGGAUGACGCAUCUGGAAACAAGACAGUGCACAAGAGCUCCAGCGACGAAGGUUUGGAAGACUCAGUGCCCGACAUUGGGGCACAGGACGAUGAAGCCGAGCCGCACACAAAGCGUCAGCGAGUUUAGAACGGGGAGACCAGUGGUGUGAACUUGAAACUCCAAUGACGACGAGUGCCAAUAGCGCCUGCCACGUGCAGCCAUGCACAAGAAGACUUUAUACAUUAAACUAGUCGCAGCCUGCUCACUCAUAAAUCGAGUGUCUCUGUUUGCAACCCAGUAGACUGCCAAUAAAUUGUGCCUGGGAAAUUCGAAAUUCCACUACUGGCGAUACAUUUUCUA